AGCAGCUCUAACAAGAUGGUCGACAAAGUAAUCUACAUUGCGCUCUUUGCGCUUAUCGGAACCUCAUUGAAAACAUCGUUGCAGGAACGAGUCAUUAUUGAUCGUCUGGAUUGCUCUUCCUUGACUGCAGAUUCAGUUAUAAUUAAAAAUAGUGAAUUUUUAGCAGUAGAUAACCCAUGUAACAUAAGGGCGAAAAAUAUUCUUCUGUCGAACAACAAAUUUCCGAAUUCUCCGCAAGCUUUCAAUAUAAAUGGCACUAACGUGAUUCUGGAGGAUAACGUAUUCUCCGGAAAGAGACAAGAUAAUUACAUAGUUAGUCAAAAUUUAAUGUUACAGAAUAAUAAAUUUGAAGGUGAACUUCAAAUUUUUGAAGUGACGGGAAUCAAAGUUUACUUACAAAAUAACACACAUCGUAGUAAUUUCCUAGUGUAUCAAGUAACAGGCGUACAAACACUCAUCGAGUCCAACAACAUUAAUUCGAACUAUCUGGCCUUGCCAAACUUUUAUGGUGUCAGUGAAAUGAACAAGGAACACUUGUUUAGGAUAUUCAAUAUUAAUAAAAUAAUUAAAAACUAUGUAUUGUUCACACAGAUGGAAAAUAAUUCACGUUAUUUAAUAGAACCGUCAAAUUAUCCGUUAAGUUUUGAAAACUAUGCGGAAUUUGAACAUGAAGUGUUGACAAAUUCAAAAAUUAAUCGCGUAGGUUCACCCGUUUUAUCAACAUUUAUGGAACUAAUUCUUAAAUCUAAAAGUAGUUACGUGAACAGUUCGUAA